GACGGAGCGAGGGGUCCGGGCGUCUCCUGCCGCCAUGCCGUCGGACCUGGCCAAGAAGAAGGCGGCCAAGAAGAAGGAGGCGGCCAAGGCCCGGCAGAGGCCCCGCCGAGGCCCCGAGGAGAACGGCGACGACGCCGGAGGGGAGCCCGACGCCGCCCGGGGGGCCCGCGAGGCCAACGGGGGAGACGCCGAGCCGGAUGUGGACUCCAUCUCCAAGGCCAUUGAGGAUUUUGAGCUGAAGAAGGCGGCUGCCCGCGCCGUGACGGGGGUCCUCGCCUCGCACCCCAACAGCACCGACGUCCACAUCAUCAACCUCUCCCUCACCUUCCACGGACAGGAGCUGCUGAGCGACACCAGGCUGGAGCUCAACUCAGGGCGGCGCUAUGGCCUCAUUGGCCUCAAUGGCACCGGGAAGUCCAUGCUGCUGUCGGCCAUCGGGAAGCGGGAGGUGCCCAUCCCGGAGCACAUCGACAUCUACCACUUGACCCGCGAGAUGCCCCCCAGCGAGAAGACGCCCCUGCAGUGCGUGAUGGAGGUGGACACGGAAAGAGCCAUGCUGGAGCGUGAAGCGGAGCGGCUGGCGCACGAGGACGCUGAGUGUGAGAAGCUGAUGGAGCUGUACGAGCGCUUGGAGGAGCUGGACGCCGACAAGGCGGAGAUGCGGGCAUCACGGAUCCUGCACGGCCUGGGCUUCACCCCCCUCAUGCAGAGGAAGAAGCUGAAGGACUUCAGCGGGGGCUGGCGGAUGCGGGUGGCCCUCGCCAGGGCGCUGUUCAUCCGGCCCUUCAUGCUGCUGCUGGACGAGCCCACCAACCACCUGGACCUGGACGCCUGCGUGUGGCUGGAGGAGGAGCUGAAGACGUUCAAGCGCAUCCUGGUGCUCAUCUCCCAUUCUCAGGACUUCCUGAACGGCGUCUGCACCAACAUCAUCCACAUGCACAACCGCAAGCUCAAGUAUUACACGGGUAACUACGACCAGUAUGUGAAGACCCGCCUGGAGCUGGAGGAGAACCAAAUGAAGCGCUUCCACUGGGAGCAGGAUCAGAUCGCCCACAUGAAGAACUACAUCGCCCGCUUUGGUCACGGCAGCGCCAAGCUGGCCCGCCAGGCGCAGAGCAAAGAGAAGACCCUCCAGAAGAUGAUGGCCUCAGGGCUGACCGAACGGGUGAUCAACGACAAGACACUCUCCUUCUACUUCCCCUCGUGCGGGAAAAUCCCACCUCCUGUCAUCAUGGUGCAGAACGUCAGCUUCAGAUACAGCCAGGACGGGCCCUGGAUCUACAACAACCUGGAGUUUGGCAUCGACCUGGACACUCGCGUGGCCCUUGUGGGGCCCAACGGAGCUGGGAAAAGCACGCUGCUCAAGCUCCUCACAGGGGAGCUGCUGCCCAGCGACGGCAUGAUCCGCAAACACUCUCACGUCAAGAUCGGAAGAUACCACCAGCACUUGCAAGAGCAGCUGGACCUGGACCUCUCCCCCCUGGAGUACAUGAUGAAGUGCUACCCGGAGAUCAAGGAGAAGGAGGAGAUGAGGAAGAUCAUCGGGCGCUAUGGGCUGACGGGGAAGCAGCAGGUGAGCCCCAUCCGGAACCUGUCGGAUGGGCAGAAGUGCCGCGUGUGCUUUGCGUGGCUGGCCUGGCAGAACCCCCACAUGCUCUUCCUGGACGAGCCCACCAACCACCUGGACAUCGAGACCAUCGACGCUCUGGCAGACGCCAUCAACGACUUCGAGGGAGGCAUGAUGCUGGUCAGCCACGACUUCCGGCUCAUUCAGCAGGUGGCCCAAGAGAUCUGGGUCUGCGAGAAGCGGACGAUCGCCAAGUGGCCGGGCGACAUCCUCUCCUACAAGGAGCAUCUCAAGUCCAAGCUGGUGGGCGAGGAGCCUCCUCCGCAGAUGGCAAAGAAGACUCACAGCGCCUGAGUGCCCUCGGCCGGCCCGGUGGGUCAGCUGAGCCGCUUCCGCCCAGAGACUGGUGCCAGCCGCCAGCCCACCUGGUCGCCUGCUGCUCCUCCGCCUUGCCAGGGG